GCAUUGAAGCUGGCGAUAUGCAGCAGCGACUUCGUGAGCUCGCCGGCGAGCUCUGGAGGCAAGACCACGAAGACAAGCUGUGGAGCCGCCGCUCUGAAGGCUUCUUGCUGGAGCAGCAGCUCGUCGAACAGCCAGCCGUGGUAGAGGUUGAUCUCGCUGGGGAGGCGGAUGCUAUGAUGGUGGAAGACCUGCUGUCGCAGCUGCCCCGAGUUCGCAGCAGGCUGUUGGCCGAAGCGGACCCUUCCGGCCAACUCGACGCUCUCCGGCUGCUGCGGAGUGGGAUCUGCGCUGAAACGCCAGCAGGCCUGCUCGGAGACCUUCCAAACUGCUUGGUGACGUUGGCCGAGACAGCGGAGGUUGCGGAAAUCCGAGUAGAGGCGAUGGCUGCACUUGCGGACUUGGCAUGCAGCUCGGUGGAGAAGGCCCUCCUAGUGGCCGAGAGUGGAGCUCUGCCGCUCUGUGUGCGGCUGCUUCAGAGCUCCGAUGAGGCCCUUGGUCAGGAAUCCUUCCGGGCACUCCAAGGGGUGCGGCAGACGGCUGAGAUCUUCUAG